AUGCAGAACGAGAUUAGGGUUUUUGAUGUCCUGCCACUGUACGGCGUGCUGCCGCCGGGCAAGAGCCAGCGCGUCACAUUCACCUUCGUUGGCCGCACAAACAUUGCUGCCCGUGUCACGGCGCUGUGCAGUGUGGAGGGAGGCCCGACCUACGAGAUUGCGCUGAGUGGGGAGGCUUCGCUCAUCAACUACUUCCUUGACAUGACGGAGAUCGACUGCGGGCUGCAGCUGUUUAACAAAGUCAGGGAAGCGGAGGUCACCCUGCAGAACAGAGGGAAGAUGGGAUUCACCUACGUGGUGCUCGGCUCCAGCGCAGCUGCUGAGGACAGCCCUCCGCUCGGCGUGCCCCUGGCCGUGCCCAGCACGGGUUACAUUGGACCUGGCAAGGAGCAAGUGCUCAAAGUCUGUUACCUGCCAGGAGUGCCUGGAGUCUUCUGCAGGGCUUUGCAGAUUCAAGUGGGUCACCUGGAACCAGCAAGUGUCACCCUGAGAGGAGAAGGGACCCUUCCCAGGAUCUGCUUGGACCUGCCCAGGAACAUCAGCGGAAAUGCAAAAUAUGAGAAGGUCCUCAAAGAGGCCAAAGAAAAGAUGGCAAAGGACAGCCAGAGAGCUGAAGCAGUUGCUUUGGGGGAGGCUGUGGCCGCGGAGCCACCCAGGGACGAUGCGGACACCGCGUGGGACACGCAGCUGCAGCUGCAGAUGGAGCAGUUGCUGAUAGAGGAACAUGCCCUGGAGCAGCAGAAAGCUCUCAGCUCCGGUCCCCCAGAGGAAGCGGCCUUUGACCAGCAUGCUCGUCAGAGGCUUCUCAAAGUUCAGCUGCCUGAGUACAUCCUGGACUUUGGCUGCGUCGUUCCUGGUACCGUCCGCACGCACCUCGUGAAGAUCACCAACCCCGGGCGGUUGCCUGUGUCCUUCCUCGCCGAUAGACGUGUCUUGUGUGGCACAGGUUUCAGCGUGGAUCUGGACCAUCUGAAGUGCCUGCCCUGCUGCAAGACGAAGACGUUCAGAGUGCGCUUUGACCCACAAAGCGCCAACCUGCCACUGGGAGAGGUGGAUGUGCUCCUGCCCAUCAAGGUAGCAGGUGGCCCCACGUUCCAUGUCCGCCUCCGUGCCGACGUGACUGUGCCGUCCCUCUGCCUCUCCAGGGACAGGCUGGAGUUCUCCGCUGUCCAGUGUGGGCAGUGCCGGGAAGAAACUGUCCAGCUCCACAAUCAGCUCCAGGUCCCCUGUCAAUGGUUCGUCACCGUGCACGAGCCUGUUAAGGUGGACAAAUGCUUGCCAGCGAGCAUGCGUCGGAAGCUGCUGCAGGAGUUGGAAGCCAAGCCCCGUGUCUUUGAGGCACUGCCCUCGGCCGGAACCCUCGCUCCCGGACAGCGAUGCAACAUGCGAGUCAGGUUUUCACCCGUGGAAGAGAAGUCCUACAGAAGGAGGCUGAAGAUUAACAUUUGCCAGAGCAGCCAGCACCUCCAGCUGCAGGUCUCGGGACAAGGUCUGGAGCCGCAGCUGGAGUUCAGCCCCCCAGUGCUUGAGCUGGGACCAGUGCUGCCAUACAGCCAUGGGGCGGAGGGGACAGUGGUGGUGAAGAACCCGUGCGAGUUUCCCAUCGAGUUUUACUCGCUGGAGUUUGACCAGCAGUACCUUGAGGAGGAGCAGGUCCUGCGCAUGCUGAAGGACUACGACAGCCGCAACACCUUGUUGCUGCCUUUGCGUUGCCCGGGUGAGAAGCUGCCCCCAGAGGUGCUGGAGUACUCUCAGGACCAGAAGAAGCUGCAGGAUGAUCAAGCAAAGCCCAAGACUGGGGACCCAGCGGACCAGGACAAGGCAGAGCACCAGCAGAGCACCAGCAGCAGCAAGGAGGCUGCGGGAGAGCUGGCCGACAGCCCUGUCCAUAGGGCCAUCGCCCGCCACCGGGGCAUCGAUAUCCCUGCAGAAGGGCGCACAGGCGGAAACCGCAGAGGGAUCGUCAUCAUCGUCCAUGGGGCACCUCGGACAGGAAAGACAGCGGCAGCGGUCGCUCUGUCCAAAUAUUACGGCGCUGCCUGCUUGUCCAUCGACGCCGUGGUGACAGAAGCCAUCUCUGACGGGAGCAGCGCGGCAGGGCUCCGUGCCCGGGAGCUGUGCGUCAGGGCUGCCGCUGAGCAGAGCCACAAGGAGACAGAGGAUGAGGGUCACAAUGCAGAUGUCUCUCUCAGCGUGCAGUGCCGCGCCAAGGCCGGGCACAGCUCAGCGCUGCGCCAGUCCAGCUCUGGGGAGGACGGCAGCCUGCAGUCCCCGAGUUCCCAAAGGCCGGUGAGCACUGCAGCAAGCAAGAGGAAGGCGGAUGGCCGUGCAUCCCAAUCCCGGGAACAGCAUCGAAGGGAUUCGACAAGCUGCCAGGGCUCCUCCAUUUCUCAUCUCCACCCUCCCCUUCCCUGCGUCCCUGUGCAGCGACGGCUGAGCAUCGGUGGCAGCACAGAGGGAGGGCUGGGCUGUCUGAGCUGCGUGCUGCCCGAGGACUUGCUGGUGGCCAUCCUCUCCGAAAGGCUCCAGCUGAGUGACUGCUACCAGGGCGUGGUGUUCGGUGGCCUGGAAACCCUCUUUGCGCACAACAUGGCAUCUGCUCUCCUCUGCCUGCUCAAAGCUGUCGGAAGUCGGCCUCACAUCUACGUUGUGAACCUGUUCCAGGAUUAUGUGUCCUUUAAAGCCUGGGAGACAUCUGCAAAAGAGCAGGAAGGGCGGGAGCAGGAAGAAGCUGCCCGCAGGGAGAGAGAACGUCUCUGGGAGAUGGACGAGGAUGAGUAUGAAGCCCUCAGUGCGGAGCAGAAAAUUCAGCUUCAUAACAAGAUACGCCAAGUCCAGCGCGAGAGGAGGCAGAGGGAGAUGGAGCAGCUAGCUCGAGAGCUGGAGGAAAAGCGUCGGCAGGAGCUGGAACGCUUGAAGGAGGAAGAGCUGAAGAAUUCUGAGCAGGGGAAGAGAAAGGCUGGAAAAGGCCAAGAGAAUGCUUUGAGGAGGGAAAGCCGGCCUGGUGUCAGGCAGGGCAUGAACAGUCCCACCAGCAACACCAACACAUCUAGCAGCGACAGGUCGGAGGUCGCCAAGGGGGCGGUCAAGACACGAUCUGUAAGGAAGCACCCGGGCUCUGUUGCACGUUGCACAAAGGAAGAUGAGCAAAAGCAGAGCAAGGUCACCCUGAUGGAUGCCCACCUGGCAGCAGCUGCAUGCCCCACAGACCUGGAAGAGGGCGAAACCAAAAAUGAGGCCCAGAGUGACAGCGAGAACUUGGCCCUGAGGUUUAAUAUCUACAAGAUGUCGCAGAAGGAUGUUGCGCAUAUUUUGUCAUCCUGGGACAGGGUUCAGGGUAUCCUGCUGUUCCCCCUGAGCCACGAGGACGCAUGGCACCCAGCAGAAGAGCAGCCCCAGCACGCAUCCAGCCCCAGGAGCCGGAGGGACAGAGAGGAGCAUCAGGAAAGGCUGGAGAAAGAGCAUCUGGCAAAACUGAAGGCUCUUGAGGAUGCCAGAAUACCUCAGCUGGAAGGGGAAGGUGCAAAAGUGUCAGCCAGAGGCCAGGGUGUCGGGGUGCCCUGCUUGGACAUCCAGGUGCUGGGCUCAGAAGAUGUGACUAGGAAGAUCCUGGAGAGCAGCGAGCUGCCAGCGGCAGAGCAGGUCCUGGAUAGCCUUGGACUGGGUCCCUCCGGGCUUCCCAUUCCCCCUACUGCUUUCUACUCCGUGAUCCACUACCCGGCAGAGCGGACGGCCCCUGCAGCAGGAGAAGCCCUCAAGCACUUCGUCUUUGUUGUGCCAGAAGGCGCCACUGCAGAAGAAGACAAGAAUGCUGCCCUAAGUCUCAUGGAUGCCCCCGUUGUGCCCGAAGUGAAGACCCGAGAGGAGCAGGUCGCCCCUGUGAGGAGCCAGUUGAGCAAGGAGAAAGCUGCGGGCAGCUGGGAGGCUGCGAGGGAGAAGCAGAGCUCCGGUCAGGGCAGGAGAUGUCUCCAGAGGCUGAACAGGGAAGCACCCACAUCUUCUCCUGGGGCGCACCAAAGCGGCGAGGACACGGUCCCAUCCCUGCCGAGACAUGUCAGGCUGAGCAGCUGCCGGUGGAUAGUGCCUGCCCGCGGCGAGGUGGAACUGAAGGUCCACUUCAGCUCCACGGUGCUGGGCCAGUUUGAGCAGACGCUGCGUUUCGAGAUCCUGGGGACAAAGCGACUGUACCAGCUGCCCUGCAGGGGCACCUGCCUGUACCCCACCAUCAGCCAAGACCCACGGCUGGUGUUUCCCCACCGAAGGAAGAGCAAGGCAGACGACGACAUUGUCUUCAAGCAGUAUGUCACGGAGACGGGUGUCUUCCACUUUGGACCGCUGCUGUGUGGGAAGUCAAGAGACUGGUACAAGGCGCUGGACUAUCCUAGCAACUGUGAGACGAUAACCAUCCUCAACGUCACCCCCUUGGAAGUAGAGGCGCAUUUCUCCUUUGAGCGCGAUCUCAAGGCGGACACGUUCCUUGUAGAACCUCCUAGCAUGAGGCUGAAACCGAACGAGAAGCAGAAGCUGAGCAUUUGGGCGUACCCCACUUCAGCUGGUCUGGUGGAAGACAAGCUCGUCUGCCGCAUUAAGGAGAACCCAGAGCCGGUGGUCUUCCCCCUGUGCUGCCAGGGGGUGCAGGUGGAGCUGGGGGUCAGCCCCGAGCACGUGCAUUUCAACAGGCUGCUUCUGCACAGGGAGGACAGCAAGACCCUGGUCCUGCGAAACAGCACCCUGCUGCCUGUGGCCUGGCGGCUCUGUGGGCUGGAAAACCUGGGCGAGGACUUCUCCGUGUCACAAUGCGAGGGCAUCGUUGGUCCACGCACGGAGUUUGACGUGCAUCUGUAUUUCAAGCCCACAAAGGCUCUCAACAUUAAGAAGAAGAUCCGACUGGAGGUUUCAGAUGCAGAAAACAUCCUGGGGAUUGUCCAGGCUGAAAAUAUCCGCAUUUCUGCAGAGGGCUAUGAUGUUGCUCCAGUCAUCGACAUUCCUAAAGGUGCAGGUGGCACCGUGGAUUUUGGAGUCCUGAAAGUCCUGGAUGAUGCAAAGCAAGUGCUGACUCUGAGGAACAAGGGGAAGUACGAGAUUGCGUACAGUUUCCAGCUGAAGGCUGCAGGCACCACCAUACCAGACCUGGCAAGCCACUUCACUAUCCAGCCGCAGAAGGGCCUGCUGGCUGCCUCCGGGCGCCCUGUGCAGGUCCAGGUGUUCUUCCACCCCAAGAUGGAAAUGAGUAUCGAGGACAAACCCAUCCUGCACUACCAGGUGAUGGAGCCCAGCAUCUGCGGAGGAGGCGAGACCGUCGCCGUCAUCCCAGUGAGGGUGUCGGCGAAAGCUGUGUUCAGCAAGUACAGCAUUCACCCCGCCUCGCUCAUCAACUUCGGUGCCAUGGUGAAGGGCAGCAGGAAAACCUGCACCUUCAUGCUGGAGAACAAAGGCAGCCUUGACUUUAAAUUCCUCAUCUACCGAGCAGACCAGGACGCAUCCAGAUUGCAAGAGAAAAGUGGAUGUCAAAUGAAAUCUGCCCACUCUGACAAGAGUGAGAACUUACACCAAAGGACUUCCUCAGCCAAGAAAAGCAAGCGCUCGCUGCAGAAGGUUGCCAACCCCUUCAUGCAGGCUUGCAUCACUCUAGGCAUGUUCACGGUGUACCCUGGCUUUGGUUCCAUCCCUCCUGGGGGCCAGCAGAUGAUCACGGUGGAUUGCUCUGCGGAAUCACUGGGGACGUGCGAGGAGCACCUGCGCAUCGAUAUCAGUGACAGAGACCCCCAGGACAAUCCCCUCGGCAUCCCCUAUACCCUGCUGGCUGAGUCCUGCCUCCCAGGUACGCCCCGUCCACAGGUUCCCGCAGCCAGACCUGCUGCUGCCGACUCCCCGCCCAAGGCUGGGUUUUGCAGUGACCUGGGCAAAAAGGUUUUAUCAAGCCUUCCGAGAGGCCAGCAGGGUCCCGAGAAACUCAGCAGGAAUUCAGCAUUCAGCCCUCCCUCUGCUCUGCUCGCAGUAUUUGAUGACAUCGAGUCCAUCUUUGAGGAGCAUCGAAUCUGCAGCAACGUCAACCUCUGCCAGACCCUGCAGACGGUGCGAGACAAGGGUGUGUAUGUCAGAGAUGAGAACAAGUUUAUCUUCACCGAUGUUCGGGUUGGGCACCGGGCCACAGCUCGCUUCAAGAUCCACAAUGUCAACAAAGUCCCCUGCAAUGUGGUCCUUUCCAUCAAACCCGUCGCCGGUGAGUUUCACAGCCCCAUCAGUGAAAUUUUCAAGGUGGAUCCCGUUCGGAUGUGCGUGCCCAGCUGCUCCCACGCCUUUGCUACGGUGACCUUCACUCCACAGAUGAUGCGGAGCUACCAGUGCACUUUUGAGGCUUCCCUCGGUGUCCUGGCGAGCCCUGCAGCAAUUAAAGCGCAAAGCCUGACCUUCCGUGUCAGUGGAGAUGGGACUCUGCCUCGGGUGACAGUCCUGCGCCCGGUACUUCACAGUAAGAGAGGGAACCCUCUGCUGGUCUUUAAGAAGCUGUUGCUGGGUGAUUCACAAAAACUCCCUCUGGUCCUUCGUAAUGGUGGCACCCUACCUGUCCAGUUGACGAUAGACCUGUUGGAUGAAGUGGGAGUUUUCUUCUUGAAAGCCAGGCCCACCACACAGUGCGUCUACCAAGCUGGGGGCGUGAAGGAGGACUCUCCUGCAGGAGAGAGAAAGCCUCACACCGCUCUCCUGGUCCUGCUCCGUGGGGAAUUAGCAGAGUUUGACGUGCUUUUCAAACCCACCCUGGCCCAACGUGUGGAAGGCAGGAUCCACCUGUCAGUGGUGAACAACCCGUAUGAGGAGACCGACAUUCAGCUGGUGGGCGAAGGCUACGAGGAUGACUUCACGCUAGAUAACAUCCACGGACUGGUGGCAGACAGUGAGGAGGAGGAGAAUGCUGAGGGCAAUCUAGAGGAAGACGUAAUUGAGGCAGCUGCCAGAGUGAAUCACAUCCCGUUCGGGGACUGUCACAUCGGGAAACCCUACAGCGUGACCUUCACCAUCACCAACCGCAGCAGGACGGAGGCGAUGCGGUUUGAGUGGCUGGCAGACACCCCAUUUCACUUCUCCCCCAAGGUGGGACACCUCCAUGCUGGCUGUGCUAAGGCCAUCACAGUGACCUUGAAAUCGGAUGUCGCGGUCACCUUCAAAAUGCACCCUGUGAAGUGCAAGGUGGCUAGGAUCACCUUCCCACUGCCGCCGGAGCAGAUUAAAGACUGGGAUGACUGCCUGCGCACCAUCAAGUGGGUGGAUACCACCAUGAGGGGCCCAGGAGCCACGUGGCCUGUGAAGAAGAAGGUGAUCGAGACAGACCCAGAACCAGCUCACACUGUCCUGGAGGAGAGCAGCCAUGAGGUGGAGCUUUGCCUCAGUGCUGUUGUCGACUACGCUGAGCUCAAGCUGGAUACGGACACGAUUCAAGGAAGUUCAAGGAGACCUUGCUCUUCCAGAUGAGGACAUUCACGUGAGAGCCAGAGGCCAGGCAGGGACCCGUGCGUGGGAGCUGCCUUUGCCCAGGGCUGACCCGGUGCCUGCUUCGCCGGAGCCGUGCCGUGCUCUCUGGUGGACUCUGCUUCUCCUUCUACUCGUGGUCCGGUGAAAAUAAAGGCAAUAAAGUGCCAAUAAAGGCAAAAAAAUAAACACUGA